CCAAUGGAGUUGGUAGAAACAGUGCUUGAGUUUACACCUUUGAGAAUUCACACAUUGGCUCACAUUGGAGUUCACAAGUACAGGAGAUCCACAGUUAACUUUGUAACUUUGUGAAUUCACCCCUCCCAUAAUCCCACUCUCGGAGGAGGAGUCAACCUUUGAGUUCACACCUCUAAAGGAGCAUAAAAAGGAGCUGAGUUAAAGAAGUCAGUCAGUUGGGAAGAUUGACAGAGAGAGGAGCGACAGUUGGAGAUUGAGAAGCCACCCGUGGGAGCUGAGCUAGAGGCAGAAGCUGGAAGAGCAAAAGACAAGCUGCAAGAGCUCUCGGAACCAAGGAGGGAGAAAGGCCUCUAAGAAAGCUAACCAGGCCCAAGGAAAGAGAGCCUGAGCAGCCCCGGCCGCCGCGGGGACCAUGGGGAAGAGAUACUUCUGCGACUACUGCGACCGCUCCUUCCAGGACAACCUCCACAACCGCAAGAAGCACCUGAACGGGGUCCAGCACCUGAGGGCCAAGAAGGUCUGGUACGACCUCUUCCGAGAUGCCGCAGCCAUUCUGGUGGAGGAGCAGAACAAGAGGCCCUGCAGGAAGUUUCUGGAGACAGGUCAGUGUGACUUUGACUCCAACUGCCGAUUCUCCCACAUGACGUCGGGGGACCUGGAGCAGCUGGCGGCCCAGGUGCACGAGGAGCGACUGUCCAGGGAGCAGGAGGUCGUGGAGGUGCCCGAGGGGGGCAUCGAGGACUGGCUGGAGAAGCGGGCCCAGCGGCGGAGCUCUGCCCAGAGCAGCAGCGCGCUGCCGGCCAAGCCCGCGGUCUUCCAGUACCCCCCGGGGUGGCCGCCCAUCCAGGACCUGCCGCCGUCUCUGCGGGCCCCGCCCCCGGGGGGGUGGCCCCCGCAGCCCGGCGCCCAGUGGGGCUGAGAACGAGGCCGCCGCCUCCGCCGCGGAAGCUCCUCCGGGUGUCUCACGGGGGCGUCAGGGACCCCCCUUGUCUCCUAGAUCCCAAUAAAAGGCUCCAGCCUCA